GAAACGGACAAACAUUUCCCGAGCUCCAUUUCUUGCAAUUCAAAUUGCAGCGGAUCCGCUUCUUGUAUGUACUACCUCCGUCUCCCUCCCGCUCAAUAGACCUCUCGCCAUUUCUUGGACCAGAGGCUAUUCUUCUUCUUGCCCAGCUAAAGCUCCUGCCCCAAGGGCUUGGAAGUAAACUCAUGGGGGAUAAAUCAAAUAAAACUUCUGUAGUCCCUUCUAGAAAGCCAUUGAAGUUCACACCAAAAGUUCCACCCCAUAAAAGAGCAAAGCCUGCAAUUACGGACAUGAAACCACUGAAUGAAGCAGAAAAUAUUGUUGACAAGGAGCUUCUGCAGAGAUUGAAGCUGUCUCAUGAAGGUUUAGGAAGGAAAUCUGCCAAGACUCCUAGAAAGUUGAAGCCAAUGCACAUCAAUGGAGGUGAAUCAACAUCUAUAAGGUCAUUUGGCAUUUCUCCUGGCAGUAUUGAUGGAAGCAAACAUCAAGAUAGCAGUGAUAUGGACACCCCAUUAUCGAAGAAAAAAUAUGUUCAGCCAUGGAAAAAGGACUCGUAUAUUCCAGUCACUCUUCCUUUGAGGAUGUCAGAUGACAUAGAUCCAGAAGUUCUUGAUGAAGAGGAAUUCGGGGAGGCUUCUGCAAGUUUAACUCAAGAUGAGACGUGUAUUAAGCCAGCUGAAGAGCUUGGUCUGUUGGAGGAAAGUGAGAAGAAACCACGGAUGCUCUUUUUCCAGCUACCUGCAUCUUUUCCAUUCAAAAAGUUGCCUGCUGUUGGUGGGAGGGGGAAAGAGAUCGAAGGACAAAAGAGUGCCUUGGAGAAGGGAUGUGGUUUGCAAGAGCUGCCUGCAGGAUUCAUGGGGAAAAUGAUGGUGUAUAAGAGUAGCAUUGUUAAGAUGAAGCUGGGAGACACCCUUUUUGAUGUUUCUCCAGGCGUGAACUGCAUCUUUCCUCAGGAUGUUGCAGCAAUAAACACUAAAGAGAAGCACUGUUGCAUUCUUGGGAACAUUGAUAGGCAUGUUGUAGUAACCCCAGAUCUGGAUUCCCUCUUGGAUGGUAUAUAGGAUUAAUAUUGCUGUCAGUUUGGUUGUCUGUAAUACAUGUUUGGUCAUGUAAAUUUCAUCCAUGUAUAGAUAAUGCCCCUUUAUGCUGGAACUCUAGUCCACCUACAUUCAAGAUUGAAGCUAGCUGCUGUGCAGUAAUCACCAACAUGUGUUUCUUAUAUACAAAAAUGGGUCAACGUUCAAUCUCUUAGUUACUUUCCUAUGAUAUAUGAUGACUUAG